ACAAUUCCGUGAUUGAUUUAGUUUUGCGUUUUUAGAUUUUUGACAGUUAUAUUGUCCCUGUAAAUAUAAUUUUAACACUAAAUUAAAAUUGAUUAAUUAAAUAACUAUUUUACUAUUGUACUAAGUACAAAAUGCCGAACUCGACAUUGAAAUCCAAGCGAUCACAUUGUAGUACCAAAGAAAAAGAUGCACCUAACAAUAACAUAAUGCAACUAGAGUUGACUGCAUUGAGGGAAAAGAACUUCGACUUGACAAAAAUGAAUACCAGACUGCUUCAGCAAGUCGUAGAUUUGAAAAAUAAGUUGUGUUCAUUACAAGCUGAAAACCUGCAAAUAUAUCAAGAAAACAAAAAUUUAUCAACAAUAAUGGCGAAGGUAUCCCAAACUACAAGAUCUUGCCUGCCCAAUUUACUGGAAUUUUUAAAUGCUGUUUUACAUGUUACUGAAAAUAGUCAAACUUGCCAAAGUGGAAAAGUCAAAAAUAUGUCAGGUGUAGCUACACCCAAUAGGACUGUCACACAUACCGUAAAACCGCACACUGUUAACGGAACCGUCCUCAACCUUAUGCCAAUAAUUUCUUUGACAAGACUCCACAACAGUGCACCAGCAACUUCGUCUCUUAGUGCUCAUAAUCCCAAUUUAGACAAAACCGCCCUUGAGGACAAAGGAGAAAUGAAUAUUGGUGAACAUUUGUCAGUUAAUAACCCUGAAGAGGAAACCAGUUUUGUGACAAUGACUCGCAGAACAAAAUCAGCUAGCGCCGACUUGAACAAGAACGAACCAGUUGAUUUAGAUGAUGAAAACGGUGAUGAAGCCAUUAAUUACAGUUUUAUGGAAGAGCGGAUGGUUUCUGGCGGAGGACUGACCCCCAUAGUCGAAGAAAGCCAAACGCUGGAAAGAUCGGCGAGCAACGUCGAGGGGAAUAGUAAUGGUGAAAUACCAGCUCAUUUCCCCUUGAUCCGGGACAGUAGCAGUUCGACGGAUACUCAAGUGAACGAGUUAUCGUUUUCCUUGGACGCCACCGUGACCAAUAGCAUUCCGGAUCCGCAAACGCUCAAAAGUCUGAGGGUGUUUUCGCCCAGGUCCAACUCCACCAGGAUCGACUUUGACGAAUCGUUGAUACUGGAUUGCCGAGCGGCGACUCCUAUAUAUCCACCAUCUAAAUCGUUUCGAGCAGAAGUCAGCGACGCUGUUAUCAUUAGUCGAAUUCCUACGCCACCCGCCUCAGCAAUGGGAGACAUGACGAGAAGUGUCUAUUCUAAUAGCAGGCGGGAUUCCGAAGAUAAUGUGGGUAUUUCGGACGCCUCCCCUGUGUCGUCAGUAUCCAAAUCGCGGUAUUCUUGCGGAAGACAACAGUCGCGUUCGCUCGAUUGUUCCGUUAACAUUGACAAACUUGGACGGGACUGGCGAAAGAGGGAUAAUAGUCAAACUCCGUUAAGCCCCAUCAUAAUGCUCAAAAAACUAGGCACCAAUCUGGAAAUGGACAGGCCCUGUUCCGACCACUCCACGGUCAAACGGUCUUCGUCGUGGAACGAAAACGAAAAGAAAUCGGUAAAGCGGAAAAGGAUGGCGCUUUCGCGGAAUCGAACGCCGAGCGACGAGAACGAACACAAAAAUUUCUCGGAGGAGAAUGUGCAGGAAGUCGGAAGAAGGUUAUCAUGGACAAGCUCGUCCUCGAGCUCUAGGAGCAGGACCACGUCAUACAGGAAAGGGCCGGCCCGAGCAGCAAAGCCCAAAGAGUUAAAAGACUCUUCGCUUAAAAAAAAAUUAAGGAGAAGCUAGCGGCGGAUUAGCAUCAAACGAGCGUCCAAGGAUUUUAAUUCAUUAAUUUGCUAAGAACCACGUUUUUAGUGUCGUAGUUUUAGUUUUUAGAAUAUCGCAGGUGUUUCCGGGUUUUAGACCGUCGAGUUUGAUAUAGUUUAAUCUCUCGACGAUUCCAGCAAUCUUCGGGAGACGUAGACCUUUACUCGAUUAACUAGUUUACCAUAGCCAAUAGCGAACUCAAUAAGCUUAAACAACUAAUGAUAAUGACGGUCUAAGACUCCGAUAGACCAGCAACAUACUUAUGUUAUUAGAAACCAAUAAAUCGUGUUGGUAUACA